AUGCUUCUUCACGAAGCAGCUGCUAUUGGCAAUCUCAGAGCAGUCGCCGACGCCAUCGUCCAAAAUCCCAACGAUGUCAACUUGCUCGACGAAGCUCAUCGUUCAGUCCUCUUUUGUGCUAUUGCUGGAUCUAGUCUUCGACAUCCUGCUCCUGCCAGUCCCGAGCGAAAUGCCAUUCUAAAAGCCAUCCUCGCUCGUCCAGAACUCAGUAUAUACGCUCUGAAUGCCGCCAUGGACUGUGCUCAGGGCGCCACACCUCUGAUAUUGGCAUGUAGAGUGGGCCACCUCGACCAAGUCAAUACUCUCCUCGACUGUCCCAGUGUCCUUGUCAAUACCCGGGAUGCGCUGGGCCUCACACCUCUGAUGCACGCCGCUCAUGGUCAACACCACCAGAUUGUCGUCGCUCUCCUUCGGGCUGGGGCACAUGCGAACCUACUCGACCCACAGAGUCGCUCUGUGCUCGACUAUUCGACAGACCCGGCGGUUCGGUUCCAUCUGGAAAAUCAGUUGAGGAUUGACCGCGGUGUUCGAUCCACGCCUCCGAGUCGCGCAUCCUCGCCAUCCACGUCCUCCUCUAAUACUUCGGGACCGUCAGUCAUUAUGGAGAACCCUCUGGGACAGUCUGGGCAGCGUGAUUGUACGCCUGUGCCUCCUUCCGCCGCAGCCGACGCUCUCUUUCGCUCCCUUAUCUGCUCGAUCAAUACGCAAGAUCUUAAUUUGCUCCGUUCGUCACUCGACAUGAUCAUUCAUCACGCUGCCCCGUCUCCGGCUCUCCGCUCCAACAAACACUCUGCAGCCGCUGCCCAUUGCUUCGCCAUCGUCAACCGGCUUGACGACUUUGGAUUCGCUCCGAUUCACUAUGCUAUGAUGUGUCAUCCGCCCAAUUUUGCUCUCCUCGACGCAUUGUUUGUCGCGGGGGCGGACGUCAACCUCUUGACGUCCAAAGGCCAGAGCCCCUUGCAGGUACUGGUCCAAUACGCAACUGUGAUGAACCAUCACGAGGGACAGGCUGUGCGCCUCUUUGUCCGGCACCUUAUUCACGACCUGCAAGCCUCCAUCCGUUACAGGGACGACCAAUUCGAAACCUGUCUACACACCGCGGCCGAACACGGCGCCUGUUGCGAGGUUUUGGAAGCUCUUGUCGAAUGUGACACUGAAGGCACGGUCCGUGAGUGGAAGAAUAAGCGGGGGUACGUACGAGCCGUUUUCAAUUCCGCACCACCGGACCCAUGUCUGAUGUUCUUACGUCCGCUUUCUGACGUUGAACCGCACAGGCUGAGACCGGCUGAUAUUGCUAAACCACACUUCCGAGACGUGUUCGACGAGCGCCCAGACUCAAUAUGCACCAUUCGACCGGCAUUGCGCCCGCAGCGCUCUUUAGGCUCCGUGUCCUCGUUCACUUCCUUCACUUCUUCCCCUACUAUCUCAACCCCUGCCACACCCGCGACUGGAUUCGCCUCGUUGACACUAGACGACGUGGAAAUCACCAGCAUGUCGCUUCAAGACGCUCUCAAUGGCUCUCAGAUUCUACUCGACGAAAUUGAUCUCUCUUUGCUACAACGCACACUCUUUUACCGCUCAAGUCUCGAAAUAGACGCUCGACAAUCCACACUCUCUCAAUGCAAACCCAUCGACGAAUGUCUCGCUCGCACGUCCAAAAGUGUGGUUGGCUAUUGGUACUCGUGUCUUGCCACCAUCCGCGAGGAGCUCGACACGACGCACAGGUCUAUCGUCAAAUCUCACCUCCUCGUCGCUCGUACGAAGCGCGACGUAGAGCAAAAGUCACGCGAUGACGAACGGGAAUUAACAGAGGCAAUUCUCUUCUGGGAGGAGCAAAAAGUGGCAGAGUUAACUGGACUAAAGGAGCAGGCGCGUGGACGCGCGUUCACCGCACCUGCACGUAUCGCGACUCCAGCUGAGAGCAGUCCCUCUGAUAGCGAUGCCUUGCAAAAGUUUUGGGGCAGCAAUAACCAGUCCUCGUCUGACCUUGCCUCUAAACGACCCGGUCGUAUGGCGAGCUUCAUCAAGCAAAAACUCCGCCCUCUUUCCCGACCACCAGGGCCGAGAAAGGACGGGGUGAUUGACUCUCCAACGCCUCCGGAGCCGUCCCCUGUACGAACCCGCCCACCGCGCCUUCCGUCCCUCGACUUUCGCGACGUGCACAAUCUCAGCCUUGCCGGGGAAAAGCCACUGCCGUCUACUCCUGAUGAGAACACGGAGCAGACACUUGUGAUACCACCGUCCAGUCAGUCUACGCCACAUUCACCUGCAAGCUCCACAUUCCGUACGCCUUUGACGAGGACUGUUUCGACGAGGCGAACGAUCAGAAAGGCACCUGUCGUGUUGACGCGCAUCCACACGGACCUGUUGCGUAUGGAAGAGUACGCUCGCGGUAUUCACGGUAUUGCUGCCGAAUUCCAACAAGAAAUUGCCAAAGCGGAGCGGCUCAUCGAGCACUGUCUGAUUCGCUGCGCGCAAGUCGAGGAAAACGAAUACGAAGACGAGAUUCAGGUCGAGAAACUCCGCGCUCUGCUUCUCUUUGGCCUCGAACGUCGCCUCGACGAAUUAUGUCAGGCGCUCGAUGUGGUCAAGGCUUGGAAUAAGCUAGUCCGAAGUCUCUUGCGCGACUUUAGACGCAAGGUCAAAGGAACGGACAACCUCGAACACGUUUGA